AUGUUGUUCGGGAGGAAGGAGAUGUUUGGGAUUUGGUUGGAGGUGAAGGAUUCAAAGGACCCCCUCCAUCUUCUGGAGGGCCCACUGGCUGUCAACACCAGACUACAGAACGGACGCAGACUGUUCACUGGACAACUACAUGGACCAGAAUCCUUCACUGCCGACCAGGAGGGUAACGUGUACACAGGGACGGUGGAUGGGAAGCUGUGGAGGAUCCAGCAGGAGACUCUAACCCUCAUCACCCACAUGGGACAGGACUUACAGGAGUGUGGUAGCAGCACAGACUAUGAGCCAGUCUGUGGUCGUCCUCAUGGCGUGCGGUUGGACAGCGGUGGUCAGCUGAUCGUAGCGGACUCCUACUUUGGACUGUUUUCUGUUGACCCCCAGACUGGACACAAGACCCUGCUACUAGACAGCAAGACAGGAGCUGACGGGGUUCCGUUUGCAUUCCUGAACGGGUUGGAGAUCUCUCAGACUGGAACCAUUUACUUUACUGACUCCUCCUCUCGCUGGGGACGACGACACGUCAAGCUAGAGGUGAUAGAGACCAACGCUCUGGGGCGUCUCCUGACCUUUGACCCUGUGUCAGGGCAUGUGCGUGUCCUGCUGGAUGGUCUCUACAUGCCCAACGGCAUCGCCCUGUCACCUGACGAGAGCUUCCUGCUGCUGGCCGAGACCAGCAUCGGAUGCAUCCUCAGGUACUGGCUGAAAGGCCCCAAGGCUGGCACCAAGGAGGUCAUCAUGAGCAAUAUGCCCGGUUACCCUGACAACAUCCGUCUUAGCGACCGUGGAACCUUCCUGGUUGGCAUAACGACCACACGCCCAGGAAGUCAGCCUCCAUUCCUGGACCUGAUUGGUCCGUACCCAGCGGUCAAACGCUUUCUGGCUAAGGUGGUUCCUCUGAACUGGUACAACAUGUUGUUGCCUAGAUACGGCCUGGUGUUGGAGUUGGGUGGUGAAGGGGAGGUGGUGGGGAGUCUCCAUGACCCUACAGGCAGCCUGACCUGGGCCGUCAGCGACGUGUUCCCCCACCAGGGGAGACUCUACCUGGGUAGCACCGACCUGCCCUUCCUUCCUGUCCUGGAGGACUGGAGCUAACCGCUAGCUAUCUACUGUAGAUAACAUGGAGGACUGGAGCUAACCGCUAGCUAGCUAUCUACUGUAGAUAACAUGGAGAACUGGAGCUAACCGCUAGCUAGCUAUCUACUGUAGAUAACAUGGAGGACUGGAGCUAACCGCUAGCUAUCUACUGUAGAUAACAUGGAGGACUGGAGCUAACCGCUAGCUAUCUACUGUAGAUAACAUGGAGGACUGGAGCUAACCGCUAGCUAUCUACUGUAGAUAACAUGGAGGACUGGAGCUAACCGCUAGCUAGCUAUCUACUGUAGAUAACAUGGAGGGACUGGAGCUAACCGCUAGCUAGCUAUCUACUGUAGAUAACAUGGAGGGACUGGAGCUAACCGCUAGCUAGCUAUCUACUGUAGAUAACAGACUGGAAGGAAGAGAAGGUACAGUAGAAGUGGUCCUAACCACUGAUCCAGGACCAGGGAUUCUCCUUUACCUAUAAGGUUAGGAACUGGGGUUAGGACCAACUUCUGCCG